AAUAACUAAAUUCUGAAUUGAAUUUGUUAUAUUUUUGUUAGGGUGGAGAACCUCACAUGAUUGAAUAUUCUCCACAAAAAGGUAAAAGUCACAUUCCUCACAUGAAACGAUGGGUGCGGACAUCUCAUGCCAUUCUUAUGCAGCUAAGUACCGGUACAGUGCAGAUAAACUUUUUUAAAGAUCAUACCAAAAUAGUGAUUAGUAUUGAUCAAAGGAAAGGAAUUGUAACAUAUAUAAGCGAAGAACGCUUAUCUACUAGCUAUCUGUUAUCCGACAUUGCACAGCAAGGGUGUGAACCUUGUAUAAGAACAAGACUUCAGUACGCACUGUCUGUUCUUCAGCAAUUUGCUGAAACAAAAGAUUUUUAAUCAUUAUCACUUUUAUUUAUAAAGAGAAAAAAAAUGGUGUCCUUGUAUUGUGAUAUAUACAUAUAUUUUUGAGAUGUUUUAUGUAAUGCAAGCUGUAUAGGAAAUAUUUUGUGCAAAUGCUAUUUUUGUCUUUCAGAUGUUUAUUUUUGAGACAAUAUUUUGUUUCAUUCAUUCCAGUAAGUGUGCCAUUUUUUUUGUUUUUUUUUAAUUACUGUAGUAUGAUAUUAACUCUCAAAAAUCUUAAAUUUUAAAAAAUUCAUACAUUAAUGUAAAAUG